GGAGGGGGCGGGGCCUCUGGAGCUGCGCAGGAAGUCGGGGCGGGUGGCGGGGAGAGCAGCGCGGACGCGGGGCGCCACACCUUGUCGGCUCAACGCUCCUCUCGGUGUCUGUAGCACUCUCUGCUUCCUUCCUGGGCGACGAGACCCCCGCAGCCAGAAAUUCACCAUGUCUAUUCUCAAGAUCCAUGCCAGAGAGAUCUUUGACUCUCGUGGGAAUCCCACUGUUGAGGUUGAUCUCUUCACCUCAAAAGGUCUCUUUAGAGCUGCUGUGCCCAGUGGGGCCUCAACUGGUAUCUACGAAGCCCUAGAGCUCCGGGACAAUGAUAAGACUCGCUACAUGGGGAAGGGCGUUUCCAGACCCGUUAAAUAUGUUAAUGAGUUCCUGGCGCCAGCCUUGUGCACUCAGAAACUGAACGUUGUGGAGCAGGAGAAGAUUGACAAACUGAUGAUCGAGAUGGAUGGAACAGAAAAUAAAUCUAAGUUUGGUGCAAAUGCUAUCCUGGGGGUGUCCCUUGCUGUCUGCAAAGCUGGCGCUGUGGAGAAGGGCGUACCCCUGUACCGCCACAUUGCCGACUUGGCUGGCAACUCUGAAGUCAUCCUGCCAGUUCCGGCGUUCAACGUGAUCAAUGGCGGGUCUCAUGCUGGUAACAAGCUGGCCAUGCAGGAGUUCAUGAUCCUCCCUGUGGGAGCUUCCAGCUUCAAGGAGGCCAUGCGCAUCGGAGCAGAGGUCUACCACAACCUGAAGAACGUCAUCAAGGAGAAAUACGGGAAAGACGCCACCAAUGUGGGCGACGAGGGCGGGUUUGCCCCUAACAUCCUGGAGAAUAAAGAAGCCCUGGAACUGCUGAAGAACGCCAUUGGGAAGGCUGGCUACACUGACAAGGUUGUCAUUGGCAUGGACGUGGCCGCCUCUGAGUUCUUCAGAUCUGGGAAGUAUGACCUGGAUUUCAAGUCUCCUGAUGAUGCCAGCAGGUACAUCACUCCUGACCAGCUGGCCGACCUGUACAAGUCCUUCAUCAGGGACUACCCGGUGGUGUCUAUCGAAGAUCCCUUCGACCAGGACGACUGGGAAGCUUGGCAGAAGUUCACGAGUAGCGCCGGCAUCCAGGUGGUAGGCGAUGAUCUCACUGUGACCAACCCCAAGCGCAUUGCCAAGGCCGUGGGCGAGAAGUCCUGCAACUGCCUCCUGCUCAAAGUCAACCAGAUCGGCUCAGUGACCGAGUCCCUCCAGGCGUGCAAGCUGGCCCAGUCCAACGGCUGGGGCGUCAUGGUGUCUCAUCGCUCUGGGGAGACUGAGGACACCUUCAUCGCCGACCUGGUGGUGGGACUCUGCACUGGGCAGAUCAAGACUGGUGCACCUUGCCGAUCUGAGCGCCUGGCCAAGUACAACCAGCUCCUCAGAAUCGAGGAGGAGCUGGGUGACAAGGCGAAGUUUGCCGGCAGGAACUUCAGAAACCCCCUGGCCAAGUAAGCUGUGGGCAGGCUCACCUGCGCCCGCAGUCACCGGCCAGCGACUAGAUCCUUCCCCUGAUGCUAGCGUGUGUGGACAGUUCAAGCCCCCGACCAGUGCUCGCUGGGGCCUUUGGUAGUUAGCUCCCUUCUCCUGCCACUGCUUCUUUAGGACUCCUGCAGAAGCCGAGGGUGACCACUUGGAACCCUGUUGGAAACCCUAGCUCUGUAAUCAUGUGACUGGCCCAAAUUGUCAUUCUCAGCUCGCUUUACAUCAAGUGUCCAGAGCUCUGUGUGCCUCCAGUGUAAUCUCCAGUGUGGUGACGGGCAGGGUCCCCAGUGGUUUCAUGUGCAAAAUAAAAAGCCUCAGUGACCCACGAGAA